AUGUCGAGCUUCCUGGAAUUCCUUCAAAGCAACAAGCAUAAAACGUUCCGGCCCAAGAAGAAGUUCUCGCCAGGGACGAUGCGGUAUAAUCUGCAUAAGCAGGCCGUCGCCACGCUGCAUUCUGGAGUCGACUUGAAAGCCGCGGUCCGAAUGCCCGCUAAUGAGAACUUGGACGACUGGAUUGCCGUCCAUACUGUCGACUUCUUCAAUCGGAUCAAUUUGAUGUACGGGACGAUAGCCGACGCGUGCACCCCGGCGACUUGCCCGACGAUGUCAGGUGGACUAAAGUAUGAAUACCUAUGGCAAGACGGCACUGCCUAUAAGAAACCGACAAGAUUACCCGCACAGGAAUACAUUACCAAACUGAUGGACUGGAUCGAGACGCGCAUCAACGACGAAAACUUGUUCCCGACGUCGAUGGAUGUACCAUUCCCAUCGGACUUCCGGCAAACUUGUAAAAAGAUCUUGACCCGGCUCUUCCGCGUGUUCGUUCAUAUCUACAUCCACCAUUUCGAUCGCAUCGUCCAGCUGAGCGCGGAAGCCCACGCGAACACGCUGUACAAGCAUUUCUACUUCUUCGUCACAGAGUACAACCUCGUCUCGACGAAGGAGCUUGAGGCACUAAAAGAUAUGACGAACAAGCUAUUGGCCUGCCAGGGCCCCGGAAAACCCCGA